AUGCUGCGAACGAUUUUAAAGAGCCCGGCUCCCGUGCGGUGUAUUCAGUCGAGCUUGUACCGCGGCGCCGUUUUCCGCCCUGCUGCUAUGCGGGCCUUUUCUGCAUCUGCAAUCGCAUCUCAUGGACAUAUUCACAAACCAAAACCCGGUGAGGAACUGCACAUUACAUUCAUAACCAAGGACGGUGAGCAGAUAAAGGUGGAAGCCGCGCAGGGCGACAAUCUGAUGGACAUUGCUCAGGCACACGGCCUCGACGUUGAGGGGGCCUGUGGCGGCUCUUGUGCGUGCUCGACGUGCCACAUGAUUAUAGACCCGGAAUAUUACGACGAGAUGGAGGAGCCCAGCGAUGAUGAAAACGACAUGCUGGACUUGGCUUUUGGUCUGACCGAGACCUCUCGACUUGGCUGUCAGGUCAAGAUGACUCCAGAACUCGAUGGAGUCCGAGUGGCUUUACCGGCAAUGACUCGCAAUCUGCAAGCAAAAGAUUUUAAUCGUUAG